UUGCAAUUCAAGCAUCCGGCGUCUUCCCUCUUCACUCUCUAUCCAUCCAUCAGCUCACUCGCCAGCGAAAUCCGAGCACCGCCUCCCCGCGUGCGCCUCUCCCCGCCAGCGCCGGCGCCGGAGACGACAUGCCGCUUGCCCUCCCCUUCCUCCACCUCCCGCCCAACUCCGCCCCUUUCCAUCCCUUCCGGAUCCACCGCACGCAACAGCCCCACCCUCACAUCUCCCUCCGCACCCGACGCCCCUCGGUGGCGUCGGCUGCGGCCGAAGCAGAGAACCCGUCAGCAUCGGUGGACGUCGAUAUGGUUCGCGGGCGGGACGGAGUGUGGAUGGCGCGUUCCCCGACGGUGGUAGUCCUGUGGGACCUCGACAACAAGCCCCCGCGCGGGCCGCCGUUCCCGGCGGCCACGUCCCUCAUCGCCGCCGCCUCCCUCCUCGGCCGCGUCGUCUCCAUCUCCGCCUUCGCCAACCGCCACGCCUUCACCCACCUUCCCGCCUGGGUCGCUGCCGAGCGCCGGGACCGCCGCGCCCUGGACCGCGCCGAGCGCGCGGGGCUUGCCGCACCUUCCGUGCCCUACUCGUGCGCCGUGUGCGGCCGCCGUUUCCCCACCCGCCCCGACCUCACCCGCCACUUCCGACAGCUCCACGAGCGGGAGCGCAACAAGAAGCUCUCCCGCCUCCGCUCUCUCAAGGGCAAGAAGCGGCAGAAGUUCCGCGAGCGGUUCAUCACCGGCAACACCAAGUACGAGGACGCCGCACGGGAGCUCCUCACCCCCAAGGUCGGAUACGGGCUCGCCACCGAGCUCCGGCGCGCGGGCGUCCAUGUCCGUACCGUCUCCGACAAGCCGCAGGCCGCGGACCACGCGCUCAAGCGCCAGGUGAAGCACUCUGUGGCCUGUGGCGUCGACUGGAUGGUGCUCGUCUCCGACGACUCUGACUUCACCGAUACGGUGCGCAACGCACGCGCCGCCGACUUGAAGACUGUGGUGGUAGGGGACGUGUGCCGCGCGCUUGGCAAGGUUGCUGACAUUUGGUUGCCAUGGGACCGAGUCGAGAAUGGUGAGGUUGAUGAGGAGAUGCUGAAGAGCUGUACACUUCCGGAAUUCGGAGAAGAUCAGGAGGAUCAGCGGGGUGAGGAGUUCAGAUUGGAUUGGGAUACCAGUGAGUUGGAUGAUGUUGUUGAUGAGAUUGUUGGAAUGAGAACCACUUUGCUUGGGGCUAGGACAAUAUCUGCAUUUGCCGAUGAGGAUGUUACAGAUGGUAUAUUUGGAGUUGAAUUGAACGGUGAUAGCAUGUUUUGGAGUAGUGACGAUGAGGAAGAGGAUGGUUACUUGUGAGGUUCACAUGGGGAUUUACAGUUGAAGCCCAUGCUUCAUUCAUGGAGAUUGCCUGGAAGUGUGCUCAAUUAUUUUCUUCUGGCCAAAAGGGUAUGGAAGUUGGAGGGCGUAUAUAAGUUCAUUUCUCUCCACCAAACCUUUUGAAAGAUGAACACCUUUUCUCUGUUUUAUUGUAGAAACUGAUCAUGUGAUUGUGAGAACAGGUGCAGCUGUGUCAGAAUGUAAACAGUGGAGAUGAGACAAGAGUCGCUUCCCUUCUAUGUUAUAUGGGAGUAAUGAACAAAAGGUCUGAUGCUCCUGUUAUAUGGGAGCAUGUAACUGCUAACUUGAGGUCCCAUGUUUUUUUUUCAAAAAAAAAACUGUAUCAUGGAGCUUCUGUAAUGUUUAGAGGCUGCAGUAAUUCUUAACGUAUAGGCCUGUUUGGACGAGGGGGAAUGAACUUUAGUCUCCGCCACGUUGUAUGUUUGGACACCAAUUAGAAGUAUUAAAUAUAGUCUAAUUAUAAAACCGAUUGUAUAAAUAGAAGCUAAUUCAUAAGACGAAACCAUUAAGCCUAAUUAGUCCAUGAUUUGACCAUGUUGUCCUACAGUAGAUAUAUGCUAAUGAUGGAUUAAUUAGAUUUAAUAGAUUGGUCUCGUGAAUUAGCCUCCAUUUCCACAAUUGGUUUUGUAAUUAGGCUAUAUUUAAUAUUCCUAAUGGGUAUCCAAAUAUGACGGGGCUAAACUUUAGUCCGGCGGCGGAUCCAAACAUGUAGAUCGUCAGCUCGAGAAAUAUUUCCUCACUUGCAGAAGAAUAGGGCAGGAAUCUGAAAACCCAAACUGCAGUCCAUGCUAUCUGCUCAUCUCUUCGCAAGCCUUUCUUCCCCCAAUCAAUUUUUUCGCCUGCCGAGUACUGAAGAGCAAUUGGCAGCAAACCAGUUGGCUGCGCCUUGUUGUUAUAUCCACUUCUUUCUGUAAGACUUUGACUUUCAAUGCAAGCACAAGCAGUGGCAGGAGCCCUGUUU